AUGUCUGCAUUGGAAUUAUUGAAAGGAUACGGCAGUGAUGAAGAUACAGAAGAAGAUUUCAUGGGAUUUGCUGAAGAACCCGAAAGUGACAGGUUUCCGCUGAAAACGUUCCUUUUGGAAAAAUACGGUCCGGACGCAAUUCAACAACCGGUUCAAAAUUCAGAUGAAUCAACAGAAAAUGCAAUGGAAUGCUCGAGUUCAGAAGGGGAAGAGGUGGAUUCCGACGGAAGUUUUUUUGCAACCCAGAACAGGAAGUGGAACCGAACCAAAAAAGAAAUAAGAAAAGCAAAGAUCGCGAAGAAUCGCCGACUGGCUCACAAAUUGAUCAGCACAACAUGCGGUUGCCGAAAGAAUUGUGACCAGAUUGUGUCCAAGGACGAACGUGCAAUUAUUCAUGAUCAGUUCUGGAAACUCGAUCAAGCCGGUCAAACCAAUUUCAUCAGAGAAAAUGUGCAUCGUAGCUCACAACCACUCCGACUAAGGAAUCGAUUCACUGCAAAAAAUCCGAAAAAGAGCUGUUCAUAUAUUUUCAGCUUCCGUCUGUUGAAUGGAACGGAUGUUCGUGUAUGUCGUAAGUUGUUCUUGAACACGAUUGGAUAUGGAGAUAACUGUGGAAACAUUAUAUAUCGAUCUGUCGCGAGCGAUUUUGAAGGAAACCCUAAACCGUCCAAGCGUGGAAAAUACGAGAGAAGCCAACAGAAACACGAAGCAGUAAAAUCACACAUCUUAACUUACAACCCAAGUAUUUCGCACUACCGACGAGCCCACGCGCCGAACCGGUAUUAUCUGCCUUCAGAUUUAACCGGAGUUUCCAUGCACAACAACUAUCAAGAAUCGACUCCUCCUGACCUCAAGGUCAAUUAUUCUUUCUACUCACAUGUAAUGUCGAGCAUGAACAUUUCAUUGGUUAAAUUAGGAAACGAGCAAUGCGAGGCCUGUGUCGCGGCCACAUUACACCAGAGUACAGCCGAGCAUACCGACGAAGAGAAUUUUACUGCAGUGUGUUCGACAUGCAAAUCGCAUGUGGAGCAUUUGCGAUUGGCAUCUAUGUCCAGAUCGGCGUACAAGGACGACGGCGACAAAAUCCGCUCAAAAGAGGUUGUAUUUGCAGUUGACCUCCAGAAGGUUAUCCAGCUUCCCCGUCUAGAAGGCAUGAAGUCGAUAGUCUUUACACAACGCUUAUUAGCAUACAACGAAACUUUCGCGCCGGUUCACAAUUAUUCAAAAGCGUUUCCCGUUAUUGCCUGUGUAUGGGACGAAUCGACUUCAGGAAGGUCAGCUGGUGACAUUACGAGCUGCUUCGACAAAGUUGUGGACUGGUGCUGCAGCAAUGGCUUGGAAAAAGUUACGUUCUGGCUGGACAAUUGUUCCAACCAGAACAAAAAUUGGAAUUUGUUCCUUUAUCUGACCCUUCUGCUGAAUGCAAAGGAAACUACAGUGAAGCAACUAACUCUAAAGUUCUUCGAAUCCGGUCAUACGUUUAUGGCAGCGGAUUCGUUUCACGCUGCUGUGGAAAAAGCAAUGCGAAAUGGUGAGCCGGUAUGCACAUUUCCUGAAUUCAAACGAGUUGUACAAAAAGCGAAAAGUAACGUUGUUGUGGAAGAUAUGUCGGUCAAUGAUUUUUUUGAGAUGAAAAUGACGGUUUCGCAGUAUACGUUAACUAACUGCAAGCCACGUCCUUAUAUCGAGAAUAUCAGGAAAAUCAUUUUCGAAAAAGGCAGCUACGAAAUGAACUACAGCAGCGCUGUGAAUGACAGCGAAAAAAUGCAUUCUUGUUGCAUCAUGUCUAAGAAGCAGAUGAAGAUCGUUAUCCAUAAGGAUUUCAAUUUGGCGAAUAUCCUAACGCGUCGUAAAGAUCCAGCUGGUAUAACUACCGACCGUAAGAAGGCGCUGUUGAAUGCUAUUUUGCCAGUUAUCAAAGAGGAGCAGAAGCUGUUUUGGAAUAACCUUCCUGAGCAAUAAGUUUAAGUUCUAUGUAACUUUUGAAUGAAAUUUUGAGUUUUUUUUCGAAUAAAAUGGAUUUAAACAAAUUUAGUGUGUAAUAUGAGUUUAAUUUAAGUUUUACUUUACAUAAUAAGCACUUCUAUUGCUUAGCACGGUUUAAAAAUGAACAAUUUAAUACAUCAGUUAGCUCCCCGCGAUCAAUGAAGUCAACGUGACUGUUAUGCGAAUAUUUUCGACAUGGGACAACACAAACGGGUUUGGAUUUUUCAUAUUUUACGAACAAAGUCUACUUUUUUAUUAUUUUUUUCAAAACUUGAGAUAAUUUUGAGCUGAUUCCCACAAAAAAACCAAAAUCAUUGAAAAUCGACAUGGGACGGAUAUGCGAAGAGCGGCAGUAUACUAGAUUACCAUUCGGAUUAAACAUAAGCCCGAAUAGUUUUCAACGCAUGAUGACUAUCGCAAUGGCAGGUUUAACUCCAGAAUUAGCAUUCAUCUUGUUACCGUUUAGAAAUUAGUUCUUCAAUUAAUUAAGUUAGAUAUAGAAUUAAAUAAAUUAGAGUAUAGGAAAUUUCAAAUGAACUAGGAUUUAAGUUGGCUAUAAAUAUAAUUACACACACAUAUACUCACACCGAACACAUAAACCUGUUGUCGGGCGAAAACGCCAUAAAAGCCGUGGAUUGCUCAAUAGAUAUUUGAUAAGCGACAUCCGAAAAAGGGAACGAUGGGAAAAGGAAAGCACUACUGGGUCUACAAUAAAAGCUCUUUAUCCAAGGCACAACAAAAGCUAUUAAAGUGAUCCCGAUUAUAGAAAUUCAAAUAAAACAUUUGAAAACUGCAGUUCGACCUGAAAGGACGGAAGGAUCAGGUAUGGAUCAGGUAUGAGGAAGAUUGCUGCCGUCCACGAAGCUCUGCAGCAACGAGCAACUUGAGUUACCAACCCUAUAGUAACUCUUCGAGCUACGGCAAAGCUCGCGGCGCCCAGGUUUCGCUCGACAACA